AUGGGCAGAUGGCUCUUGUGUUAUAAGCGCACAAGUUCGCCGCAGUCUCAUUCCAAACCACUACCACUGUCAACUACGGCCGCCAUCACCGAUCCAGCCAUCGCCCUAGGCAAUAACUUCGCAAAGCUCUCUGGGCCUGAGAACUUCACAGACUGGUUCCAGUCUUUCAAAGACAUCGCGAAGAUCCACGGAUACAAUGAACACUUCAAGGACAACGCUGAAGUAGUCGUAAAGCCCAUUGCACCCGCCUUCCUCGUACCUCAACAAGCCGCCGAUCAGGGACAGGAGCACUCCGUUCCGCAGGAUUGGGAGUACCACCUCGCCGUUUACAACACUCGUCUUCAAGAAUGGAAGGACUAUGAUGUGGCCUCUCGCUCGGCUCUAGCGCUCCUCCACGCUGCUAUCGAACCGUCAGUGUGGAAGGAAGCUAGAGACACCACCUCACCAGCAUCCGCGUUGAAGACCCUUAUCAGCCACGUUAACUACGAAACGCCUAACAACAUCCUGGUAGACCGCGCCCGUACAGUGAUCAGUUCUCUUGACCUAAGGACGUCAACUGCGGUUCGGCAAUUCGUUGUCGACUUCAAUGAGCUUUAUGGAGAGGUGUAUUUCGAUGUCGACAUUUCUACUUGGGCUAUCGAAAAGAUCAAUGCAGCCCUACCUCGUUCUUACUGUACGCUCAUCGAAGACCGUGAGCGCAUCGGUGGCAAGAUCACUUUCAAUAGGCAUACCUUCGAAGGGUAUCGGCUUCAUCUUCUCAACCAUGUUUAA